CCAGGCGACAGCGUGCAGGAGGGCCGGGGGCUUCUGCAGCCGCGAGAGGCGGGAUCUCCCCCCCCGAAGGGGCGGGGCUUAGCGGCUCGGGCCCCCGUGAGUGGAGGCUCCGCGGGGCGGGGGCGGGGUCUGGCUGCGCGUGCUCAGUGCGAUCCCGUCCCUGUCCCGCCUGCCCGCUGCGCCAUGGACUUUGGCUCCGCUCGGCGAGCCGUGCUUCAGCUGCUCGGGACCACGGCUCCAGCAGAUGUCCCGGCGCUGCUCCACUGGAUGCGAACUACCCGCGAUUUUGAUGAGCUCACUCGAGAUAACCGCGACGCCGUGUUGAAGAACGUGGCCGACGACCUCCGCUGCCGCCUGCCCCCAGAGGCCGUGCUGGGCUCGGAACAGCGAGCCCUGCAGAAGAUACGACAGCAGCCGGAACCCACAGUUCACGUUGAUGCAUUCCUUUAUGAUGAAGACGUCAUUGAUUCAUUGUGUGAGGAAGGAAAAAUGAGCAGAAACUUCUGUACUGUGUGUGGCUCUCACCGGACGGCACCUUUGGGAUUUAUUUCUCAUUCCUUCUCCCUCAUGGAGCUGAAGUUCAUCUAUCUCCAUGUACUGCCCGACCUGUCAGGGAAGCUCUUGGUUGACAUUGGCUCCAGACUUGGCACAGUGCUCUAUGGGGUAAAGUCCAGCUUGUGGACAUACUCAACGUGCGGAAAAUACUUUCUUCUGCUAGCCACAGCUUUGCCUGCCACCAUCCAAGGUGACAGCUUGGCUUUAUUCUUAAACAUGCCACACUUGGGUACAGAGGCCGCGUCUCCUCUAACCUGGUUUGUCUCCCUGCACAGCAUCUCCCACGUGGCUGCGGGAUGCAGUGUUCUCCCUGUCUUACACGAGCUCAUCCUUCUGCAGGUGCUUCAUGCAGACAUCUGCACCCAAGGCCCCCUUCUGCAAAGUGCCGAUGUCAUUGUGAUGAACAAUGUCUUCGAAUAUUUUCUUACUGAGGCUGAACAGGCCAGGGCCUGGAACUACAUCAUCCAAAAUGUAAGGAAACAAGGGUCACUGUUAGUGACAGUACCGAGUCUCCAAGAUUCUCUCGUAGGUCUUGAGAUUAAUGUGCAGCUGUCCUCCUGGGUGGAAGAGAUACCACUGGACCUCGAUGUGUACCCAGAAAGGGACAUUGACAGAGAAGCUCUGGAACAAAUUCACUUAUAUAAGGUUCUCUAGCACUGAAGCAACAUCUCUAGUGUGGUGUUAACCCAUCUGCUUUGUGUAUUCAUUUCAAGUUUUAUGUGUAUGAUUAUGUGCCUGUCAAUAGUUGAUAUGAUUAUCCAUAUACACUAGCUGUAUAUGGAUAUAAGAAACUGUAAUUAGAUAAUUAAAUAUUUAUCUGAAA